UUAAUUCAAUUCGGCUCAACACCAAUCAGUUUAGUUCAAUUGAUAUCAGAUAUUUGAUGUGCCAAGCCAAACUACUUCAUUGUUGCUACAUGCUACCCUUGGAAACUUGGAAUUGCUCUUGCCUUCACUUAUACUUAACCCAGUUACCAAAAACACCCCACUAGAAGAAGAGCUAGGAACUUUCACAUUUUACCAUUAAAAACAAAAAACAAACCCAAAAAUGAAAUAAAAAUUAAAAAUAUCAUAUUUCUUCCAUAAAAUAAUAAAACUUCCAAAAAAUAAAAAUAAAAAAGGGUAAAGGGUAGAAAAACUCACUACCACCACCCUCCACCAAUAAAACCAUUUCUCCUCACACUCACAGUGUCUCUUUCUCACUUACCCUUUUUUGCUCCUCUCUUUCUCUCUCAUUCAUUCUUCUCCAACAUUCUUUUUCUUUUGUUCAGAAAUUUGCCUGGUUUAGGAGGGUUUAGUAUCAUCACCUAAACAAUAAACCUUCUUUUUUUGUACACAAUAAAAGUGAAAAUAAUGGGGUGUUUUAGAAAUAGAUUAAUUUCAACAUUUUUGCUAAUUUUUUGUAUUUUUAAGGAGAUAAUUGCUAAUUCUGAGGUAAUUAGUAAUAAUAAUCUACCCAUAAUCUCAUUUGAUGAAGGCUAUUCCCAUCUAUUUGGAGAUGAUAAUCUUAUGGUUGUUAGAGAUGGAAAAUCUGUUCUUCUUUCUCUUGAUGAAAGAACAGGUUCUGGAUUUGUGUCACAUGACCUCUACUUACAUGGGUUUUUCAGUGCUUCGAUUAAAUUACCUUCUGAUUAUACUGCUGGGAUUGUCGUUGCCUUCUAUAUGUCUAAUGGUGAUAUGUAUGAGAAAAAUCAUGAUGAGAUCGAUUUCGAGUUCUUAGGGAACAUCCGAAGCAAGGAAUGGAGGGUUCAGACCAAUGUGUAUGGAAACGGUAGCACGAGUGUAGGUAGAGAAGAGAGAUACACAUUGGGGUUUGACCCUUCGGACGAAUUUCAUCGUUACAGCAUUCUGUGGACAGAGGAUCAAAUAAUAUUUUAUGUGGAUGAUGUUCCCAUUAGGGAGAUAAACAGGACAGCAGCAAUGAAGCGUGAUUUCCCUUCGAAACCUAUGUCAUUGUAUGCUACAAUAUGGGAUGCCUCAACUUGGGCCACCAAUGGUGGGAAGUAUAAAGUGGACUAUAGGUAUGCCCCUUAUGUUGCUCAAUUCUCCGACCUCGUUCUCCAUGGUUGUGCCGUUGAUCCAAUAGAACGGUCUCGAAAAUGUGAUGAUAUUUCAUUGAUUGAUGGCUCAAUACCAAGUGGCAUCACCCCUUCACAAAGGAUCAAGAUGGCAAACUAUAGGAAGAAAUAUUUGACCUACUCGUAUUGUUAUGACAAGGCCCGGUACAAGACUCCUCCUAGCGAGUGUAUUCUUGAUUCUCGGGAGGCUGACCGCUUGAAGAAGUUCGACCCUGUCACAUUUGGAGGAGGACGCCGCCACCAUGGGAGGCGUCAUCACCACCGUGGUACCACCAAAAACGCCAAGGCUUCGAUUUAAGUGGAUAGAUUAUCAUAUCACACACCAUUGCCAGCCACAAUUUCUCCUACUAGAUUAUGGAGUAUUAUUUUUGGUCCAUGGAUGUUGGUCUCAUAUCUCAUCAAUGUUUAUUUUGGAUAAUAUUUGUCUUUAGGGGGUCCUAUCUUUGGUUCACAUGAAUAUAGAGGAAAAAGACAAAAAAUAAGGGAAAAAAAAAGUAACAGUGCGCAUAAAUAUGUUAAUGGGUUAGGUAUCAAGUUUUUUAUAUUAUAAGCGGGUUCAUAAUAUGUUAUGUAAAUAAUUGUUACAUUGUUGUUGGAUUUUGUUUGAAGAUAUGCCCAUUCAUGGCUUUUAUUCCUUAAUAAUUUUAUUAUUUUCUUUUUAAAUAUUGUAAGGUCGGUCGUAUUGUGUAUUUGUGUUUUAUGUCUUGUGAUUUUAAUAAAUUUUUAGCGUCUUAUGUUGA